UACACCUAUGGGGGAUAAAAAGGUAAUUAAACUUAUAACAAUUAUGUGCCCAACCCGAGUGGGUCAACGACAACUUCCCCAACACGUUGUGUUACUCUCUUCGUCUUCGUCGUUUUCAUACCCCUUCUCCCUUCAAACCCUGGGAAAAUUCUCGAACAAUGCCCCUUCUCCCUCCGUAACUCACCAAUCCAUCCAUAAAUACACACACAAACAUUUUCAUUCAACAUUUUUUUAUUAUUUCUUUGUAUCGGUCUAAUAUCCACACAUUUCCACAUUAAAUAAAUACACACACAUUUUAGUUUUUUCAUGUACCCAUUCGCGUGCGAUAGAAUUUUCUAGAGCGAGAGAUUUCGGCGUAAUGGGUCCAAACGCGGCGGCGGCGAAACAAGCGGAGAAACUCCGAAUUGACGGCAACACUUACUUCAAAAAAGACCGUUUCGGUGCCGCCAUCGACGCUUACACCGAGGCGAUUACGCUGUGCCCUAAUGUUCCGGUUUAUUGGACGAAUCGCGCGCUGUGCCAUCUCAAGCGCAAUGAUUGGGAGAGAGUAGAGGAAGAUUCUCGGAAGGCAAUUCAGUUGGACAGCAAUUCAGUUAAGGCCCACUACAUGUUGGGGCUUGCAUUGCUACAGAGACAAGAAUCUGCCAAGGGAAUCAAAGAAUUGGAGAAGGCUUUGGAUCUUGGAAGAGGUGCCAAUCCCAAGGGCUAUAUGGUAGAAGAAAUAUGGCAAGAGCUUGCAAAGGCAAAAUACCUUGAGUGGGAGCGAUCAUUGUCCAAACGAUCAUGGGAAUUGCAGAGCUUGAAAGAAGCUUGUGAGUCGGCUUUGAAGGAAAAACAUUUUCUUGAUUACUCCCAAAUGGAAGGAUUUGUGGAUGACGCUACUACUUCCCAUUCAGAACAAUUAGAGGCUUUAGAAAGAGUCUUCAAUACAGCUGCAGAAGCUGACACACCUACUGAGGUGCCAGAUUAUUUGUGCUGUAGAAUCACACUCGACAUUUUUCAUGAUCCUGUUAUCACUCCAAGUGGACUUACAUAUGAGAGAGCUGUGAUUCUUGAACAUCUUCAGAAGGUUGGUAAAUUCGACCCAAUCACACGAGAACCCCUUGAUCCAUCACAGUUAGUGCCAAACUUGGCCAUUAAGGAAGCGGUGGAGGCAUUCUUGGACAAACAUGGAUGGGCCUACAAGAUAGAUUAACGAAAGAUCACGUUGCAACAAUGUCUUGGUAGGUUUGUCUGUUGAGCAAUGCAGAAGGAUGUUGUGUUCUGCAAGUGUGGCCAAAGUUGUUUGCUUUAAUUGUUAAUUAUGUAUGCAAUUUCCUGGGGGCCUGACUUUUGAACAUCUUAUUAUGAAGUAUAUAUAUGCAUGGUUGACUGUCAUACAUUGUGUAAAUAUAGUAGUAUACAUACCAAUGCCUGAUGAGACUUGUUUCAUUUGUCUCAUAAAAUCAAAAUUAUUUAACCCAUCAUAA